AUGCGGACGCGGACGACGGACGAAGACGAGAAUGAGCCAGCCCUCAUUAGAGCAAGCCCCUUGCAGCAUACACUUAUGGAGCCAGCCCUCAUUAGAGCAAGCCCCUUGCAGCAUACACCUAUGGAGCCAGCCCUCAUUAGAGCAAGCCCCUUGCAGCAUACACCUAUGGAGCCAGCCCUCAUUGGAGCUAGCCCCUUGCAGCAUACACCUAUGGACCCAGCCCUCAUUAGAGCAAGCCCCUUGCAGCAUACACCUAUGGAGCCAGCCCUCAUUAGAGCAAGCCCCUUGCAGCAUACACCUAUGGAGCCAGCCCUCAUUAGAGCAAGCCCCUUGCAGCAUACACCUAUGGAGCCAGCCCUCAUUAGAGCAAGCCCCUUGCAGCAUACACUUAUGGAGCCAGCCCUCAUUAGAGCAAGCCCCUUGCAGCAUACACCUAUGGAGCCAGCCCUCAUUAGAGCAAGCCCCUUGCAGCAUACACCUAUGGAGCCAGCCCUCAUUGGAGCUAGCCCCUUGCAGCAUACACCUAUGGACCCAGCCCUCAUUAGAGCAAGCCCCUUGCAGCAUACACCUAUGGAGCCAGCCCUCAUUAGAGCAAGCCCCUUGCAGCAUACACCUAUGGAGCCAGCCCUCAUUAGAGCAAGCCCCUUGCAGCAUACACCUAUGGAGCCAGCCCUCAUUAGAGCAAGCCCCUUGCAGCAUACACCUAUGGAGCCAGUCCUCAUUGGAGCUAGCCCCUUUCAGCAUACACCUAUGGAGCCAGCCCUCAUUAGAGCUAGCCCCUUGCAGCUUACACCUAUGGAGCCAGCCCUCAUUGGAGCUAGCCCCUUGCAGCAUACACCUAUGGAGCCAGCCCUCAUUAGAGCUAGCCCCUUGCAGCUUACACCUAUGGAGCCAGCCCCAUUAGGGCCAGCCCCGUGGCCACGCCGUAGGGCAGUAGGUCAGGCGACGAGGCUGUGUAGGCCGCCGCGAGGGUCAACUCCGCGUACACUAUGA